AAAGAGAAACGUUUUCUCAGAUUACACAGCCACCCCAUUUGUCCUGGACAGAGUGGGAGGAGAGGAAGGUGAAAGAAGACCCUGUAAAAGUAGUCAAGUGUCAAUGUGUGUCUGGGAGUUUUUGAUCUUACUGCCCAACAUCUCAAAUAACUCUAUAGUCCUCUUGUUUUUUUAGCUCUAUAGCGUCAAAGGUUAAGCAAAAUAUCUGAGAAUUACCCUGAGGACUUUUUGGAGAUUCAGUCAGCUGCCAACAUCUAAGGAGGGAAUUCUCUCUCUCGUUCUUACUAUUGUCUUUAGCUUUAUUUUUCUCUUCUCUUUCCGUUUCACUAUUUCCUCUCCCCAGCCUCGCCUGCGUUGUUCUCGGGCACAGAGAGACUUCCAUGGACCCCCUGACUCUGCUUUUGUCCAACACUUGGAGCACCCUGAAAACUCCCCACGCUGCGCUGGAGUAGGAAAGGAGAGACGUUGAUGGGACGCAGCCUGACAGCAGCAGCCUCCUCUGGAGACAGACAGACCCCUGAAUUCUGACCACCAUCUUCCCCACCCUGCAAGGCCAUGAGUGGACCGCAUCUCACCCUCUUUGCCUUGGCUCUGCUGGGAGGACUCCUGGCAGGGUACCUGGAGCUCUCUCAUGGCCAUGUGGCUGAGGACGAGAAUUACUACAUGCAGGAGCUCCUGAGCAGAGAGCACUAUCACCAGGUCCCAGGGGCCGAGGAGCAAGCACAAACCCACCGGGACCAUAGUCCUAGUCAAACCACAGCCAAGAAAGGGGCCAAGGGCAAGGCACCGAGCAGCCGGCAGACGGACAAGGCCACCCCGGAGGCUAAGACUGUGAAAAAUAGAAAUAAGAAUACUGAGAAAAGCAAGAAAAGUCCAAACAUGAUCAGCGAGGGAGAUGCUCAAUACAAGCAGAUUCAAGAGGAAUGCCCUCCGAUGGGACUGGAGACACUGAAGAUAGAUGACUUCCAGCUUCAUGCCUCCACCAUGAGACGCUACGGGCUUGGAGCUCACAGGGGUCGCCUCAACAUCCAGGCUGCCCUCUAUGAAGAUGAUUUGUAUGACGGAGGCUGGUGCGCAGGGAGGCUCGACCCUCUGCAGUGGUUCGAGGUGGACGCCAGAAGGUUGACCAAGUUCACCGGGGUCAUCACGCAGGGCAGGAACUCCCUCUGGUCGAGCGACUGGGUGACAUCAUACAAAAUCCUGGUGAGCAAUGACAGUCACACCUGGGUGACUCUGAAAAAUGGCUCAGAAGAACUGAUAUUUAUAGGGAACAAAGAGAAGGAGAUCCCAGUAUUGAACAUGUUCCCUGUGCCCGUGGUGGCACGCUACAUUAGAAUCAACCCUCGCUCCUGGUUCAACAGUGGCAGCAUCUGUAUGCGGGCUGAGAUCCUUGGCUGCCCCAUGCCAGAUCCCAAUAACUACUACCACAGAAGGAAUGAAGUGACAACAACAGACAAUUUGGACUUCAAACAUCACAGCUACAAAGACAUGAGGCAUCUCAUGAAGUUGGUGAAUGAAAUGUGCCCCAACAUUACCCGGAUCUACAACAUUGGCAAGAGCCAAAAUGGCCUCAAGCUCUAUGCAUUUGAGAUCUCUGACAACCCCGGAGAGCACGAACUCGGUGAACCAGAGUUCCGCUACACGACCGGUUCCCAUGGUAAUGAGGUGCUGGGUCGUGAGCUACUGCUGCUGCUCAUGCAGUUUAUAUGUCAGGAGUACCUGUCCGGUAACCCACGGAUACGGCACCUGGUGGAUGAGACCAGGAUCCACCUGUUGCCAUCCGUCAAUCCUGACGGCUAUGAGAAAGCCUUUGAAGUGGGUUCUGAACUGAGCGGCUGGUCCCUGGGACGAUGGACCCAAGAUGGCAUAGACAUCCACCACAACUUCCCUGACCUCAACUCCAUCCUCUGGGAGGCGGAGGCCAGGAAGUGGAUCCCCCGGAAAAUGUUUAACCAUCAGGUGCCCAUCCCGGAUUGGUACCAGUCCAAAAACGCAACGGUUGCUGUGGAGACACGGGCCCUGGUGGCAUGGAUGGAGAAGAUAUCCUUUGUGCUGGGGGGGAACCUCCAGGGGGGGGAGCUGGUGGUGACCUUCCCCUAUGACAAGACACGCUCCCAGGGCGUCAUCAGGGAGCAGACGCCCACUCCUGACGACCACGUCUUCCGCUGGCUGGCUUUCUCCUACGCUUCCACCCAUCGCCUUAUGACCGACGCCAGUCGCCGUGUCUGCCACUCUGAGGACUUUGCCAAAGAAGACAGCACCAUCAAUGGAGCAUCCUGGCACACGGCAGCAGGGAGUAUGAAUGAUUUCAGCUACUUGCACACCAAUUGCUUUGAGUUGUCCAUGUUCGUGGGCUGUGAUAAAUUCCCUCAUGAAAGCGAGCUGCCCGAAGAGUGGGAAAACAACCGCGAGUCACUACUUGUCUUCAUGGAGCAGGUGCAUCGGGGAAUCAAAGGCAUUGUGAGAGACGUCCAAGGGCGGGGUAUUGCAAACGCCAUCAUCUCCGUGGAUGGGAUCAGCCAUGACAUUCGCACAGCCUCUGAUGGUGACUACUGGCGUCUUCUGAACCCUGGGGAAUACAGAGUGACUGCCAGGGCGGAGGGCUACAGCCCUAGCAGCAAGAAGUGUGAGGUGGGCUACGACAUGGGCGCUACCCGGUGCGACUUUACAGUCGGCCGCACCAACCUGUCGCGCAUCAAAGAGAUUAUGGAGAAGUUUGGCAAGCAGCCUAUCCGGUUGCCUGUCAGACCGUUUCCAAUUCGCACUCCCCAACAGAGACGCCUGGGAAGGGGGGGCCCAACAUCUAAGGGAGAUGGAGUAACAGGGGGAUAAGAUGGUGCAAGGCCAAAGCACAAACAUGGUUCUCUGUCCAUCUGUUCUAAUGGAAAUGCAUUCUAUGGUCACAUUGAUUCUAUCAUGUUUCAUUGGUCUUUGGUUGUGAACUCUACAGCAACUGUCAUCAAAGUGGAAAAGAUGGGGAGGGAGUUUGUAGGUCUUUAUUGGUUGAUUGCUCAAAAUAGAGUGCUGUUCUUUUAAUUAUGUUCUCUCUACUUGGUACUCAUCUCAUUUUGAGUAUAGCUUUUACUGACAAAGUGGCGAAAGCCUGUAUAACACCUCAAAGUUGAGAAUUCUCUUCCUCCAGUCAUGUUGGUGUCUGUCAACAUGAAUUUCCCUACUAACUUAUGCAACUCCAGUAUUUCCUUAAGUAUUAAUAAAAUAUUUUACCAGUAAUCACAACACAGCAAGCAAUCUUUGAAAUUAUGUUUUGGAGCAAAGACAUUCAAGUUUUUUUUGGGUUGUUUUUGGGUUGUUUAUUUUAUAUUGCAAUCUUUUGUGCAUUCUGAAAUUAUUUAAUAAAAGUGUA